UUUGCGAGGGUGUUGGAACGUAUCUUGUUCUUAGGUGACCCGGACUCGUGCAAAACACUUUGGCCCAUAUCUCAUCGAUGCAAUUAACGGUUGAUACUGAUCAAGCAAUCAGAAGAUGCAAAUGAAAUGGGAAAGUUCGUGUGGGACGACGCAACAUCGUAUCAACCCCUCUUCUGUUCUUCCUUCCCUCGUUUAGUUUUCUUCUAAAACCCAAAAACCCGAGGUCCAGAACCAGCAACCAGGCGGGAAGAAAGUUCAAAGGUUGAUUGAUUGUGUGUUCUUCCUGCUCCAAGUCCUUCAUUCAUUCGCCAACCAUCAAAGAUGUUGAAGCUUUCGCACUUCAUGCGGUCGAGGACUACUUUGUCGGAGAGACUAUUCUUUGGGAAAGUGGGUAAUACUAAAGAUGCUUUAUGGUUGCAUGGUUCUAUAUCUCGAGCUGGCAUUUCAACUGCUGGAAAAGAUGUUGCUGCCGAUGGAAGUUACUCAAGAAGAGUAUUUGCAAGCUUUACCUUUUACAAGGGCAAAGCUUCUCUUUCUAUGACGCCUAGGCUCCCUGAGUUUAGCAAAAUGGUGUCUGGGGCUCUUAAAAUUGAGCGGAUGGGUGUCAUAUUGUUGGAGUUUUGCCCUGCUAUAGGCCCACGAAAAUAUGAUUAUGAAAAGAAGCAGAUGUUUGCUUUGUCUGCAACGGAGGUUGGGUCUUUGAUAAGCCUAGGUGCAAAAGACUCCUGUGAAUUCUUUCAUGAUCCUUCAAUGAAAAAAAGCAAUGAAGGUCAAGUCAGGAAGACGAUGACAAUUACACCAAUGUCAGAGAGUGGUGGCUACUUCUUUGCUUUGAGUGUUGUAAAUUCCAUCCUGAAAACCAAUGAGCGUUUUUCUGUCCCUGUUACAAAUGCUGAAUUUGCAGUGAUGCGCACAUCUUUCAGUUUCAUGCUGCCCUAUCUCAUGGGCUGGGAUCAGUAUAUGCGUCAGCUGCCUACAAGCACUGUAGAGCAUAAACCAGAGGGGGUGCUGCGAAACUUGGAUUUAGAAUGGGAUAAAUGAUAUGAUGCAAGACAUAGUAAUACAAGCUCUAUAAAAGGGAGUUUGUACAAGUUUUUAAUUUAUUUGUAUCAAAGGACUUGCUCUGAAGCACGGGCUUUUGGAAGUCUUCAUUUCUGUCAUUGUGUUCCUUGUGUGAUCGAGGUUGAUUUUAGGCCUAUAAAAAUGCUUCUGCUCAUAGUAGCCAAAUGUCCUCUGCUUACACUUGAUUCUAUAACCACGAGCCCCUUCGGCAUUUUGGCAUGAAACGGUAUUACAUUUGAUUCA